GGUCGCCUGUCGGACACAGCAGCUUCUUCUGCAGCGCGCAGCCAAUUUGCUUCGUUAUGAAGACGCCAUAACCGCGGAGAAAUCUUGCGCUCGGACUCCACGGCCUCCUUCCGUAGCACGUCACAGCGCAAUCAAAGCCAGGGAGCUUUGCAAUCCACUCUUCAUUGGGGAAUUUGGAGUAGUGAGGGCUCUGAAGCGUGUGUUUGAAGGGAAGUGUCGAGGCGUCUAGACCGAAGGGUUUGGUUGUGCUGAGUGAGUGAGUUUCUAUAAAUGUGGAGGGAGCUGGAGUAGACGAGAAGAAUCUCGUCUUGAAGGAAUUGGCGAAAUGUUGAGAUUAGUGGAGGAGGAGGAGGAGGAGGAGGAGGGGCACUUUUCGAAUAAGAGAGUAGAUGGUGGCUGUGAGUGCAGUAGGAGGUGAUGAAAUUGAAGAUGGAAGAUGCAUGCAUGGAUUUGUUGCCGAGGUAGCGGGAACCUUUGAGGUGGUAGAAGAGGGUAUAUGGAGCUUGCGCAAAGCCGGGUUGACGAAUUUCGGAUCUGAAGAGUGUCAUUCAGAAUUGGUUUUGUUGUGUCAGGUCUGUGGUUUGUUUGUACAUGCGAUCGGCAUUAUGGCGCUGUGUUCUCGUUCCCCUCCAGGCACUUUGGGUACACAGGGUUCUAUUAGAAGUAAGAAUUCAUAUACAGCAACUGAAAUUGAGGCGAUCCGUCUGGGGCCGCAAACACACCAUCAGCAGUUGUCGAGAUCUACAAUUUUAGGAUCUGUGCCCAGUUUGUCUCACAGCAAUGCAAGUAGGUUUUCACACCAUACCUCACACUCUUCAAGUGACGUAUUAGACGUUUCAUCUAGCAACUCAUGUUCUGUAGGGUCUCACAGGAGCAUCAGUCGAGGUGAAGCCAUACACUCUAUGAUGGCAUGGGAAAGUGACGAUCCUCGAUCUGGUUCUGGGAAUCUUUCCUCCCCUAUUUCUUCGAGAAUGAGAGAGCGCAGUCCAGUUCUUGUGUUGCGCGGGCCGAUCUCUCGCAACGGAUGUGCUUUACUUAUUCACUCUGCCUUGGGAAGUGUUAGUUGCGGGGGGAUUCCUCACUUGGAUCCGCAUGUAGAGCGAGAAUUGUCGCGUAGGUCUCCUCACUCGGGUGAGAGGGGCAGUCCGAUCGUUGCAAGUAGUGUGGGAUUUAAGAUUGGUAAUACUGACGCUUCCCCUGAUUAUCAACGAGCCCUCGCGAGCUUGAACCAACCAACAGAGUCUGGAAAGGCUGUAUACACGUCUUCUGAAUCUUUUCGAGUGGAAGGUUUUAGUUCAGGUGCUUCGGUUCAUGGAAACUCGUCUCGUGUUACUCUUUCACUUCCGCUAUACUCUAGUGGGAGGAAUUGUUUGAGCACUUCUCAACGUGACGCAGCUCCAGAUAUCCUUGAAGCAAGAGAGAAGAUUGUGAGGUUAGCAGAACAGGUCAUCAACUUGCCCUCGGUAGGCACUGAAGAUUUAACAAAGGUGAAUAAAUCUGCCUCGCCAACUGCGGAUGAGCUUCUGAGAAGUGCACAAGCUAGAUACAAGGCCUUCUAUGAUCCUAUCGUUGUCAAGGCUUUCAGGAUGGCAGAAGAAGCGCAUAAAGGACAAUUUCGGCGAAAUGGAGACAUGUUCUUGGCUCACUGUGUGGAGACGGCUUUGAUUUUGGCGGCAACUGGAGUUGGCAAUAUAGUGGUUGCAGCUGGAUUACUACACGAUGCCAUUGACGACUCUAACUUGAGUUUGGAACUGUUGCGGUGUUCUUUGGGAGAGAAUGUUGCGAGCUUGGUCAUAGGGGUUUCGAAAUUGAGUGAAUUUAGUCAGCUUGCUAGGGAUUGCAACACCGUUUGUGAUACAUUAGAGGCUGACAGGCUGCGGACAAUGAUUCUGGCUAUGGUUGAUGUUCGGGUGGUGCUUAUAAAAAUAGCUGAUCGAUUGCAUAAUUUGAGGACUUUAGAGGCCUUGCCUUCCCACAAACAGAUAGGUAUUGCCAAGGAGACGCUGGAGAUUUUCGCUCCCUUGGCGAAUCGCCUGGGUAUUUGGAGUUGGAAGGCUGAAAUGGAAGAUCUUUGCUUCAAGUGCUUGAAGCCUGUAGAUCAUGAAAAUUUGUCCAUAAGGCUGUCAGAGCGAUGUCGAGAGGGACUAGUAAUGUCUUCCAUCAGAGACCUGGACGAAGCAUUGAGAGUUGGUGGGGUGCAGUUUAUUGAUCUGUGUGGACGACCUAAGAAUCUGUACAGCGUUUACAAGAAAAUGAUGAAAAAAAAGAGAAGCCCCGAUGAAAUUCUUGAUGUAAGAGGAUUGCGUCUGAUCGUGACAGAUGAGGAAAGUUGUUACCAGGCUUUGGAGGUCGUCCACCAACUUUGGCGAUGUAUUCCUGGAAAGACGAAGGAUUACAUUGUUGAUUCGAAGCCGAAUGGAUACAAGUCCUUACACACUGUUGUGAUUGGAAGUGACGGAUAUCCGCUGGAGGUGCAAAUUCGGACAAUGAAAAUGCAUCAUCAGGCUGAAUAUGGGUUAGCAGCUCACUGGAGAUAUAAGGAAGACAACAGUGAACAUUCUGCUUUCAGUUCUGAACGUGUGGAGUGGGCUCGCUGGGUGUUGACGUGGCAAAGUGAGAUCAUGGAUACUAAGCUGAGAGUAUCACCGUUGGCAGCAGAUUUGAAACCGCCAUGCCCUUUCCCUGUGCACAUCAAAGAGUGCCCUUACGCGGGAUCUUGCUGCGAGCCAGUGAUGAGGGAGAAUGACCCAGUGUAUGUUAUAAAAAUGGAGAACGAACAUAUUCUAGUGCGAGAGCUUCCUCCAGGUUCUACGGUUGGAGACCUUGUGCGAUCGAAGCACUCGGAUAUGAAUUCUCUUGUGGUGGAUUCAAGAUCUGCCAACGAUAAUGGUUUGCGCGUUAAAGUGAAUCACGAAUUUGUCGACACAAUGGAACAGAAAUUAAAAAUGGGCGACUUUGUAGAGGUUAUGAGCACUGUAAAGAAACCCUGCGGUAAGGUAGCUUUAGAAUUCCAGCGGGAGCAGCUGAAGCGCCUAUACCUUGAUGGAGGAAGCUCCAAUGAAGAUACGAACACCACCUGGUGGGAGCGAAGUGCAAGCGUUGCUGGUCUGUAAUGAGGAGAUGAUUUGGACGUCCUUGUUUGAGGACAAAGGCAUGGGCGUUCUACAUUUGGCUGUGUAUAUUGUACAGAAUUAACAUCAACAAUUGGUUAGAUAUAAUUCAUUCUUUACCUCAGAUGGGGUUAUAAGGUUUAUACCCAGGAGCUCAAUAUGGAGGACUCCUCCAUUCGCAGAAUAUGGCUAGUAGUCAAGUUUUUCAUCUAUGUAAGGAGAAGAAAUCAGUUUCAAAUUGUUAUCAGUGUAUGACUAAAUUAAGAAAUCCAUUCUUUUAGAUCUUCA